AUGCCCCGCAGCUACAGCCGAGGAGACAACGAGGGCGGCUCCGCCGGGCUCUGGCUGAAGAGCAGCUCGGCGGAGCGCCACGGAGGCGGCGGCGGCGGCAUGAAGGAUGUGGAGUCCGGCCGGAGCAGGGUGCUCCUGAACUCGGCGCCCCCGCGAGGGGACGGCUUGCUCCUUCUGGGCACCGGCGGCGGGUUUGGCUUGCGGGAAACGCGGAGAGGCAAGCAAGGAGGAGCCCGGAUGAGCCUGCUGGGGAAGCCGCUCUCCUACAGCAGCAACCCGAGCUACCGGCGGAACGCCAAGUACAGGAGGCUGCAGAACUAUCUCUACAACGUGCUGGAAAGACCCCGGGGCUGGGCGUUCAUCUACCACGCGUUCGUUUUUCUCCUUGUGUUUGGUUGCUUGAUUUUGUCAGUAUUUUCUACGAUCCCUGAGCAUACGUGGCUUGCCACUAGUUGCCUCUUCAUUCUGGAGUCUGUCAUGAUUGUUGUCUUUGGUUUAGAAUUUAUCAUACGCAUCUGGUCUGCUGGCUGCUGUUGUCGAUAUCGUGGAUGGCAAGGAAGGCUGCGAUUUGCAAGGAAACCAUUCUGUGUAAUUGACAUCAUUGUUCUCAUCGCUUCAAUAGCAGUUGUUUCUGCAAAAACUCAGGGUAACAUUUUUGCAACAUCAGCACUGAGAAGUCUCCGUUUCCUACAGAUCCUUCGUAUGGUGCGCAUGGACCGAAGAGGAGGAACUUGGAAGUUGUUAGGUUCAGUGGUUUAUGCACAUAGCAAAGAAUUAAUCACAGCCUGGUACAUAGGAUUUUUAGUACUCAUUUUUUCAUCUUUCCUAGUCUAUCUGGUGGAAAAAGAUGCAAAUAAUCAGUUUUCUACAUAUGCAGAUGCUCUGUGGUGGGGCACAAUCACAUUGACAACAAUUGGGUAUGGAGAUAAAACUCCCCUCACAUGGCUAGGAAGGCUGCUUUCUGCAGGGUUUGCACUGCUUGGCAUUUCGUUCUUUGCAUUACCUGCUGGCAUUCUUGGGUCAGGAUUUGCAUUAAAAGUACAGGAACAGCAUCGUCAGAAACAUUUUGAGAAAAGAAGGAAUCCUGCUGCCAGUUUAAUUCAAUGUGUAUGGCGUAGUUAUGCGGCUGAUGAGAAAUCGGUUUCCAUUGCUACCUGGAAGCCUCAUUUGAAGGCCUUGCAUACCUGCAGCCCUACAAAUAAGCUUUAUAGUAAUAAACAGAAGCUCUUCAGGAUGUACACCUCUCGGAAACAUAGUCAAAAGCUAAGCUUUAAAGAACGUGUGCGGAUGGCUAGCCCACGAGGACAGAGUAUCAAGAAUAGACAACCUUCAGUUGGAGACCGGAGAUCUCCAAGUACGGACAUUACUGCAGAGGGUAGUCCAACAAAAGUGCAGAAGAGCUGGAGUUUCAAUGACAGAACUCGCUUCAGGCCUUCCCUACGUUUGAAGAGUUCACAACCAAAGCCAAUGCCAGAGACUGAUGCCAGCAUUGGUACAGAUGAGAUCUAUGAUGAAAGAGGAUGCCAGUGUGAUGUAUCCAUAGAAGAUCUCACCCCAGCACUUAAAACAGUUAUCCGAGCAAUCAGAAUCAUGAAAUUUCAUGUUGCCAAAAGGAAGUUUAAAGAAACUUUGCGCCCCUAUGAUGUUAAAGAUGUCAUUGAACAGUACUCAGCUGGUCAUCUGGAUAUGCUGUGCAGAAUUAAAAGUCUUCAAUCACGGGUUGACCAAAUUCUUGGACGAGGGCAAAUAGCAUCAGAUAAAAGAAAUCGAGAGAAGAAUACUGUAGAGAAUGAAACAGCUGAUGACCUCAGUAUGCUAGGCCGUGUGGUCAAAGUGGAAAAACAGGUCCAGUCUAUAGAGUCAAAAUUAGACUCACUGCUAGAUAUCUACCAACAAGUCUUGAAGAAAGGAUCUGUAUCAGCACUGACAUUGGCUUCAUUUCAAAUGCCUCCUUUUGAAUGUGACCAGACUUCUGAUUAUCAAAGUCCUGUAGAUAGCAAAGAUUUGACUAAUUCUGCCCAGACUAGUGGAUGUGUAUCCAGAUCAGCCAGUGUCAACAUGCCAUGUGGCCUACAACUUAUAUUGACACCAAAUGAAUUUAGCCCUCAAGCUUACUAUGCUUUUAGUCCAACUAUGCAUAGUCAAGCCACACAGGUGCCAAAUGAUGGACCUGCAACACUAUCAGCUAACAACGCACUAAACCAAAUAAAUCAGACAUCUAAGCCAACAGCACCUACAACUUUACAGAUACCCCCCUUUUCAUCAGUAAAACAUAUCAACAGAUUGGAGCCAAUUCAUAUUAUUCCUAUGAGCACGCAGGAAAAUACUUCUGAUGUCACCGCUUGCCUUGUUGCUUCAAAGGAUAAUGGAAAAAUUGCACAGUCCAAUGUGACAAAGGAUCUUUCAUGGAGAAAAAGCCUUGAUACUGAAGGGGAACCUCUAGUCUCAGUGAAACCAAUAGUGCAAAUGGAUUUAGGGAAAUCAUUGUCUGUACAAAAUCUUAUACAGUCAACAGCAGAAGAACUGAAUAUACAGAUUUCUGGUAGUGACACAAGUAGCUCAAGAGGUAGCCAGGAAUUAUACAGCAAAUGGAGGGAAUCAAAAUUAUUUAUAACUGAUGAAGAUUUGGAAGCAGAGAGAGAAAUGGAGACUUUUGAAGCCAUUUCCCACCCAUUAGUGGAAACAACUCUCUCUACCGACUCUCUAAGGACUGGAAUGUCAAGAUCAUCUCAAAGCAUUUGCAAACCAGGAGAUGGUACAGAUGCUCUCAACCUGCCUCAUGUCAAACUUAAAUAG